UUUCCUUGCCCAGGCAGCCUAACCACCCACCCUCCCCAACCAAACCCAAACCAGGCAGGCAGCGCGCGGGCGGUCGCGAGACCAGGGCGGCCUCCUCCUCCGCCUAGGCGUCCCCGCGGUCCUCGCUCGCUAGCUGCCGCGGCGCCCUCGCUCCGCCGGGUGGUGGUGGUCUAGCGUCGCCUCGCCUGGGCGCCGAUGGAUUGGGCGGCGGUGGCGUACACGGCGGCGGCGCUGCUGUGCGCCGCGGCGGCCACCGUCAUCACGCUCGGACACAUCUACCGCCACCUCCUCCACUACGCCGAGCCCAUCUUCCAGCGCUUCAUCGUCCGCAUCAUCUUCAUGGUCCCGGUCUAUGCAGUGAUGUCAUUUAUUUCCCUUAUCCUACCAGAUAAUGCAAUAUAUUUUACUUCUAUUCGAGAAAUCUACGAUGCUUGGGUCAUCUACAAUUUCUUUUCACUUUGUUUGGCAUGGGUGGGAGGACCUGGUGCUGUGGUAGUAAGCUUGAAUGGCCGAACCCUGAAACCAUCGUGGUUUCUGAUGACUUGCUGUCUGCCAGCUAUUCCUCUAGAUGGGCGCUUUAUACGGAGAUGCAAACAAGGAUGCUUGCAGUUUGUGAUUCUUAAACCUAUUUUGGUUGUUAUUACCUUCAUACUUUACGCUAAAGGAAAAUAUGAAGACGGAAACUUCAGCGUCAACCAAUCCUAUUUAUACAUUACUAUUAUAUACACAAUCUCAUACUCGAUGGCCCUGUAUGCUCUUGCAUUGUUCUAUGCGGCAUGCAGAGAUCUACUUCGGCCAUACAAUCCUGUCCCGAAGUUCAUCAUAAUCAAAUCAGUCGUGUUUCUCACAUACUGGCAGGGCGUCCUGGUUUUCCUUGCUGCCAAGUCUCGAUUUAUCAAGAAUGCUGAAAAGGCUGCUGAUCUCCAGAACUAUGUGCUGUGUGUUGAGAUGCUCAUAGCAGCCAUUGGGCACCUAUUUGCCUUUCCCUACAAGGAGUAUGCAGGCGCCAAUGCUCGCCCUUCUGGCGGUUUCAGGGGAAGCCUUCUUCAUGCUUUAAAAUUCAAUGAUUUCUACCAUGAUACUGUUCACCAGUUUGCUCCUACCUAUAACGAAUAUGUGCUCUACAACCACAAUGAGGGAGACAAUGCACAAACGAAGUAUACUUCAGGGAGCACCGUGCCAAGUGGAAGGGACGUAGAGUUGGCUGGUAUCACCGUGGUGACAUCAAAUAGUCCAGUGACAUCAAAUGUAUCAUCCAACCAGGCAGAUCAGGAAGAGACAAUGACCACUCCAAUCAGGAACAAGGUCGACCCGCCUGGAGGACUAUAUGACCUCACGGACCUACUCGACGUGGACUUGUCUAACUACCCAGCGAAGGUUCCUGCAAUCUCUGAUGUAAGAAAACAAUGACAAAGUGUGAUGGCCUAUGUCUAGGGUGGCGAUCGGGGAAUCGUGAUUGUCAUUUGGUCAUAGUAAUGCUGUAAAAAUGUGUCCGCGUGUAUUACUUGUUUCUAGUUCCAAUCUUUCCCCAUUGGAGGGGUUUAUUCUUGCAUCAGUGCAGUGUCUGGCUGUCCCACGGUCUCUCACCUUACUUUUUACUAACUGUACAAUGUUGUGAGCU